UUUUUUUCUGCCAGUGGUCUAAUCUAACUUCGAUAUAAUAGGUUAUCUUGUUGGGUGAGAUGUCAAAAAAAUCGACUCACUUUCAGUUGCGCGCACAGUGGUCAGAACUGAUCUGAAGCUAGUUGUUCGGUGAAGUAGGCGACUUGAUUCCUGCUAUGACUAACUUUGAUCACAAGCAAUAAAUAGCCUACAACUCGUGGUCGCUGACAGUCUAUGGAAUAUGUACGUAUACAAUGCGGUAUGAGUGAAGCGAAGUAGGCUACUAAGACUACAAGAACAAGCAUUCAUGGCUACCGAUGAGUCAACAGUGAUUGUAACUUUUUCUGAAGUCCAAAGUCGCUUCUAGGCUACAAAUGGGUUCCAUGUUUGAUCUGAGCGUUGCUGUAAGACUCUAUUUGCUGUCUUGUUUCGUUGUAUCUGUGGACUUCACUUUAGGCUUGGGACAAAGCCAAGAUACUGAAUUCACGUUUCAACUCCCUGCAGGUAGAACAGAAUGUUUCUACCAAACAGCUACGAAGAACGGAAGCCUGGAAGUAGAAUACCAGGUGAUUGCAGGUGCAGGCCUGGAUGUGGGCUUCACCCUGAUCUCCCCCAGCGGAUACAAGCUGGCCUCUGAGUUCAGGACAUCUGACGGCAUCCACACGGUGGAGCCUACAGAGGAUGGAGACUACCGGCUGUGUUUUGACAACAGCUUCAGUAAGCUUUCUGAGAAGAUGGUGUUCUUCGAGGUGAUCGUGGAGGGCCAGCCUGGGGACAACUGGGGCGAUGAAGAGUGGGCUGACAUGGCUGAGCCAGAGAGUAUGGUGGAGUACAAACUGGAAGACAUCAGGGAGACCAUGGACUCAGUGCACAGACACCUGGAGCGGAGCCGGCAGCUUCAGACCAUGCUGAGGGCCUUCGAGGCCCGGGACCGCUAUCUACUGGAGGACAAUCUGUGGAGGGUCUCGUUCUGGUCCUCCAUGAGCCUCCUGGUCAUCCUGACUGUGGCCGUCACACAGGUCUAUACCCUCCGACGCCUCUUCGACGACAAGAGGGUCUGCAAAUCCUAGUGUCCAGUAGUAUCUUCCACCACCCCCACACCCUUCCCAGUGGUAUCUUCCACCACCCCCACACCCUUCCCAGUGGUAUCUUCCACCACCCCCACACCCUUCCCAGUGGUAUCUUCCACCACCCCCACACUCUUCCCAGUGGUAUCUUCCAGCAGACUCACACCAUCCCCACACCCUUCCCAGAGGUAUCUUCCACCAUCCCCACACCCUUCCCAGUGGUAUCUUCCACCAUCUCCACAUCAUGCCCAGUGAUAUAUUCCAGCAGACCCACACACGGCCCGAUGGUAUUUUCCACCACCCCCACACCCUUCCCAGUGGUAUCUUCCACAAAGAUGCCAUAGAAGGGUGUUGGGACUAACAGGAUCCUACUGUAAAGUAAUGGUUUCAGAGAUUGAAGAGAGACUAGACUAUUGACAACAGUGAUGUUUGGUAAAUGAGGGACUGUUAGUAAGGAUUUAGUGAUGUUUGUGUGUGAUGAGCUUGAUUCAGCUUUUGAGUGGCAGAAAAGGGCAUGUUUGUAUGUGAGUCAUAAACACUGUAUAAUAAUGUUUUGACAAUUUAUUGUCAAUCUAUCAAACAAGAAACCAAUGCAAUAGCAGAUCAUGUGGUUGUAUGUUUUUAACAUGGGAUCUUAAGAGUGACUUUACAAAUAUAAUUUAUUUAAUGACAUGGUUAUAACACAACUACAGCAAAAUAAACACACACACAAAAAUACAUUCUACUCUGAAAUAAAUUAAUUCUGGAGAAAGAGUAGCCUUGCAAAGCCACUGAUCCCGCAAGCUUACAUUAAAAGCUGCAGUGGUUAUCAGUCAGUUAAUUAUGAGGGAAGAGAAAGAAGUCUUACAUGCAACAAUGGCUGUCCUCAUGGGAUGGUUUUAUUGAAUUACAGAUAUUACAUUUUUAUUGAAAGGUAUAGUGUAUGCCAGAGAUCUGGUGAGACGAAGCCAAAGAGUUGAGACAUUCCAAAAAUGAUUCCUGUCAGGAGAAUGUUGCAAAGUCAACCACAAGCAUAGUUGUUAUAUACACCUCCAACACCACAAAACCAGAUUCAAUCAUUAAUUUGAAAAAAAAUAUUGUAUUUAUAAAACCAUAAAAUCUCAAUGAUCCAUUCCUUUCAAUUACAGGUACAAUAGUGCAAAUUUGAGUGUCAAAAGUGUGCAGCAAAAGAAAAUAAGGCAAUCUUAUUGGCUACCAUAAAACAGCACUGGAUUAAAGGCAUAUCGCAAAGUUCUGCAGUUGACAUCAGUUGGAUCUAUUAUUGACACUGUACUACAUUAUAAUCACAUUACCGGUAUAUGCCCUUCUUCAUACAACGACCCUUACUACAGUAUAAAUAAACAGUAUAAUGAUAACAUACAGCAUAUGCCAUAAAGAAGAGGUCUUUAUUCAAAGUGAUUUAGUCAUCCGUGCAUACAUUUCACGUAUGAGUGGUCCAAGCAGGAUUCAAACCUACGACCCUUGGUGUUGCAAGCACAAUGCUCUACCGACUGAUCCUUGUGCAAGGCAUCCACUGGAACAUACAUGGUUUGACGCUCUCUUCUGAACAUGGCAUGACCCUCGCUGUUAAAAGCUUUGUAUACUUCUGUGCUCACUCAGCAGUGGAGUACCCAGCACUACCUGAUUAAUUGGACUGUUCCUAACAUCCUUCACCUCAUCCCUUCAAAUAGUCACCUUACCGUUUGGUUUUUGGGGCCCUCCCAAUACACUAACAUAUAAUAUUAAGGGCUGUCAUCAUCCCUCAUCCCCAACUGACACGUCAAAUGAUUAACUGUAGCAUGGAACACAAUGCAGUAUGAGUGAGAUCUCAAAUAAUCUACAGUUCCACCUACACACAAUGUAUUUACAAUCAUCUAAAUAAACCAAACUACUACACUUCAAUAAUUUUUAUAGGAGUGUUCUACAAACGUGUUCAAUAGUCAUUCAGACACUAAUCUGUUGAGCAAUGCCCAUAUUUUAAAACUGCACUGUACAUAAAACCAAGAGGAGAGGUUAUGCCCCAGGAGAUAGCUAACACAAACAAUCACUGGAUUUCAUUACGAAUUUGGCACAUGAGCAGUCAAACAAUUUUCUCAAUACAAAAAUCAUCUCAUUUUCUCAAUGUUUGUUUAGUAUGGAAAUAGUGAACAGAAGUUGAACCCGUACUGAGAGUGGUGUCAGAAUUCAGCCAGGCUACAGCUCGCUAAAAUCCCCCACACUUGUAGAACAGCCUGGGUAGGUGCCAGCUAUUAAAGGCCCAAUGUAGCGGUUUUUUAUCUCAAUUUCACUUUAUGGAAAAAAACUUUUAAAGGAGGCUGAUUUUCCUGAAAUGCCGUUAGUUAUUGUAAAACGAGUACAUUUGACC